UGGGUGAAAGCCAGAUAUCCUAACCGCUGGACGACAAUGGAUUUUUUACCUUCAAUUCUUCUAGUUAUUACUUGAAAUUUCAUCAAUCUAUAUGAGACAUUUCCAUCAAAUGCAGAGAGAAAAUGCUGUUGAUAACUUCCGGUCUGGUAAAACAUGGGUUUUGAUCGCCACCGAUGUUAUUGCCCGUGGCAUGGAUUUCAAAGGUGUCAGUUGUGUGAUCAACUACGAUUUUCCAGAUUCUGCAGCUGCUAUAUUCACAGGAUUGGCCGUUCUGGUGGAGCCGGGAGGAGUGGAGAGUCCAUAACUUUAUAUACAGAAGCCGAUGUUCCAUUUUUGAGAAACGUAGCCAAGGUCAUGGCUGAUUCUGGUUGUGAGGUACCCUCAUAGACACGGCCGGUCCUGUGAUUGUCGGGGCCUGAGACGAAGUCCGUAAAUUAGGCUAAGACCAAAUCAACGUAAAUGCAAAAUUCAACACCCAUUGCUAACUUAGUAUAUUGUAUAUGAUACUAGAGUAUUACACGAUUACUUACACAACUAGCUAUGAGGUUACGAACCGAGGUGGGGGGGGGUGGGGAGAGAAGAAAGGGGAAGGUCUUUCUUUUUAUGGGCUUGAUUUUGAACAAAUUCUAAAAUGAUAAAAAAAAAAAAAUUGUUUUAUUGUUCCUGAUGCACCAAUGUUACAUGAUGCAAGCAAGAAGUUUGGCCCUUGCAAGUUUACAAUCUGAGAGGAUUGAAUGUGCUCCUGAUUGACAUGAUUAUAAAUUUAUAAUGAGUCCUAUACUAAGAGUUUAUUAUAACUA